GCUGCUUGGAGAGAGAGAGAAAGAGAGAGAGAGAGACGCACCUUGAGAGAUAGAGGGAGCAGAGCGUACUCUGGUUUGGUCUCGCUCAUACUGACAGCGGAACUGUGAGAGAAUAUGAUAGAGGAGGAAGAGAAGAAGGAUUUUUGACCAUUAUAGUCACUCAGCUGGGAGACUUUUCACCUGAUAUGGAAUACAAGAUUGUGCAGAUGGAAACAGCUGCUCUUACAUCCUCCUCGCCACCAUUUACAGUCUGAGCUUGGAUCUUCACUCGCUGCGCCCGUACCUUAUAUCUCUUAUAUCUUCGAACAUUCUCUCUUCCUGUCCCCAGACAUUUCUUCUCUUCUGCCUUCUUGUCUUAUUUUUUGCUGAAGAAAUCAACUUGAAAAUACUGUCGGUGACUGUCUCUCUGGCCCCGACUGACACAGCACAUUGGGCACUCAAGAGAUUUGGGAUUUGUGGGGCAGACAAGAAAACCAGAGAGAAAAACAGAAAGGCUGUGAUUGACAGCAAUGGCCAAUGAACCAUUCUGAAUUUCAUUUGAAUAUCAUUUCAAUUUCAGAUUUUGCCACCUUGAUGGUGAUAGUGAAAACUGCAUAGAGGUUUAAUCCAACCAACUCUGAAAAAACGUUUUGUUUUUCACCAUAGCAUGUUCGUUUUCACUUCAAAUAGUCCAAAGUGACUCUUUUUCAUAGCAUAUUUAAUCAGAGAUAUUCAGCUGAACUGCCCAGCUUCAGUCAUGCACCUCAGGUCACGCCACGUUGACCUCCUGCUACUGCUGGGUGUGCUCCUUUUGUGGGGACCUGUGGGGUCUAGGGGUCAGAAUGACACAGAGCCCAUCAUCCUGGAGGGGAAAUGCUUGGUAGUAUGCGACUCCACUCCUUCAUCCGAGCCGGCUGGUAAUGCCCUGGGUAUGUCAGUCCGGUCCGGCUCGGGGCGAGUGGCCUUCUCCGCCAGCCGCCAGACCAACCACGAGCCCACGGACAUGAGCAACCGCACCAUGAUCAUCUACUUUGAUAAUAUUUUGGUGAAUGUCGGUACUCAUUUCGACCAAGAGAGCAGUGUUUUCCUGGCACCAAGGAGAGGAGUGUACAGCUUCAACUUCCAUGUUGUGAAGGCCUACAACAGACAAACUAUCCAGGUCAGCCUGAUGUUGAACGGCUGGCCGAUGAUUUCAGCUUUCGCUGGGGACCAGGAUGUGACCAGAGAGGCGGCCACCAACGCCGGCCUGGUGAUUAUGGAGAAGGGGGAUAAGGCCUAUCUUAGACUGGAGAGAGGCAACCUGAUGGGAGGCUGGAAGUACUCCACCUUCUCUGGGUUCCUGGUCUUCCCCUUGUGAGGAAGGUGGAUGGAGAGCAGGUUGAAGCUCCAGGUGGGUGAUAAGAGAAGAACUGGACAGAGCAGGAAAGGGGGGAGAGAUGGAACGAAUGGACACAAGGAGAGAAAGAAGUAGAGAGGUUUAAAUCUGUAACUCACUAAAAAGCGCAUGAAAAGUGUGUUUUAUGCAAAAUGCAGAGAUGAUUGUGCAAAUUAACAUAAUUUUCAAAUGAGAAAAAAAGAGGUUUGUCUAUGAAUUUGAUUUGCUAUGAUUCUGUGCAUAAAUACUUGAUGUUAUUAUUUAAGAGAUGUUUCCAUUGUGAUAAAAUUAUAACAUAGCCAUGUGCAAUGUGGGCUUCUGUGCAAAGACUAGGUGAGAGCAUCUCUUUUUUUAUUCAACAUGUUUGAAACACUGCUGUGCUCCACAUGGCAUCUUGUCUCGCUUACAAACCUGCCAAACGUACCUUUAAUUCUGCUGUGUUGUACCACUGAUGCUCCUCUAUAUGCCUGUUACUCUCCUGCAAAAGUUUAUUUACACAGAAAUUUAUAUUAAGAAACGUU